CUCCCUUCUUCUUCCCUUUGCCUCACUCUGCUCCCAUUUCUACCGACAAUCCCCCAUUUUCCUCUUCCUCCCCCCAUUCCCUUAUCUCCUUCUUAUCUAUAAAACAACUCCCCCAUUUCCAAACAAAACAAAAACCCCUUUUCUCUUCUUCUUCUUCUUCAACCAAAAGCCAGAGCAGAAUGGUGUCCAAUGUUACGUUUCACAACGAUCUCAAUCUUGAAGCCACCGAGCUUCGUCUUGGACUUCCCGGAGUCGUUUCUGAAAGAGAUGAUUCAUCCGCCGCUUCAUCUGCAGUCAAACCUAAUAACAAGAGGAAUUUCCAGAAUGACUCUGCACCUCCCCCAAAGGCUCAGGUUGUGGGGUGGCCACCGAUUAGAUCUUUUAGGAAAAAUACACUUCAGGUGAAGAAAACAGAGGCCACGACGGCGGCAGUGGACGGCGGAGGGAUUUAUGUGAAAGUCAGUAUGGAUGGUGCUCCUUAUUUGAGGAAGAUUGAUCUGAGUGUUUAUAAAGGCUAUCCUGAGCUUCUUAAGGCUUUGGAGGAUAUGUUCAAGUUCACCAUCGGUCAAUACUCCGAGAGGGAAGGUUAUAAGGGAUCUGAUUUUGCUCCAACUUAUGAAGAUAAAGAUGGUGAUUGGAUGCUUGUGGGUGAUGUUCCAUGGCAAAUGUUUAUUUCAUCUUGUAAGAGGAUGAGAAUCAUGAAAGGAUCUGAAGUUGGAGGAUUAAGCUGUGGCGUAUGAAAAAGAAAGGGAAAAAAACGAUGAAGUUUGAUUUAAUUUUCUCGAGAAACAAAAAGAGGAGAACAAGGAAUGGAAAAUUUUCUGUUUGGUUUCUCGGAAAAGAAAAUCUGGUCCGUCGGGAGAAUUUUCCGGUGACGGUAAUCCGAACGGACGAAAAGAACUGUCGCGGAAGUAAAUAUAUUUUGUUUUCUUUUGUUGAAAGUUUUGGAUUUGUGUAACAAAGUUAGGGGGCUUUGUGGGUGAUAGUAUGAUAUAUUAAGAUGACUUUUUUUCUUUUCUUUUUGGGUUCAAUGAGAUCUCGAUGAAACUUUGUAGAAUAAAUAUGGUGUUGAAAUGAAAUUGUAAUUAAUGUAAUGCUUUGAUUGAAAAUGAAGAUUGUUUCAUUUUGGAAUAAAGUAAUAACAUUGUUUGCUUGAGGAUUA